AUGACAAACCCCAAGUUAUUUCCCGAAACUUACUCUUCCCUCCCGUUCAAGGAGAUUGUGAUCUCUCAUGUCCCUGCGACGUCUCCAACCACCACUGAAGUCAUUCUUCUAAUCUUGAAUCGACCGAAGAGAUUCAAUGUAGUGACAGAGAGUAUGCUCGAGGAGAUUAUUACUGCAUAUCGGUAUUUUGACGCCGAUGAUCGUGUCAAAGCAAUCGUGAUAACGGGCGCUGGGCCAUCGUUCUGUGUGGGCGCGGAUCUUGAGGUCGGCUUUUCCAAACUUGUCAAGAAUCUGAAACAAGACCCUUCAUCCGUCGAGACCUACCGAGAUGGAGGCGGCCGUGUAACGCUAGCAAUCCAUAACUGCCGCAAGCCAACGGUCGUAGCUAUCAAUGGGCCGGCGGUAGGGUUCGGAAUAACGAUGACUCUCCCUGCCACCAUCAGGGUUGCUUAUGCAAAGUCGAAAAUCAGCUUUGCCUUUGCGCGGCGGGGUCUCUCUAUGGAGGCGUGCAUGUCAACCGGCGCAACACAUGCAGCGUCUGACCCACUUCUCAAUCAGCUCUUCUCUGAGGUAUUGGCAACACCAGAAGCCACUGUUUCUCGGGCACUAGAAAUUGCCAAGGAAAUCGCAACACAUUCAUCUAUCGUGAGCACGACGGUGAUGCACGAUCUCAUGUAUAGAGGACCGCCAACACCGGAAGAGGCCCACUUGUUGGAUUCGAAGAUUUUCCUUGGAAUGCUGCUCUCCAAGGACAGCGAGGAGGGAAUAAAGAGCUUUUCGCAAAAGCGGCGUCCAGAGUUCAAGGGCACCAUGGAGCAGGAUUCGCCCACAGGUUGGCCCUGGUGGAAGGCGAUUGACACCUCACCGCAGGCAAAACAGAUCGAAAAGCGAAAAGAGACCUAG